AUGUCUCCUCCUGUCCUCAUAGUCGGCUGCGGUAUUGCCGGCCCAGUCCUAGCCAUUCUUCUCCAUAAAAAAGGCUACCAGCCCAUCGUAUUCGAUAAAGUCCCGACACUAGGUGAUGCCGGUGCUUCACUCCUGCUCAUGCCGAAUGGUGUGAAAGUCCUCAAUCUACUCGGCCUCGCGGAGGAACUGCAGCAAGAACUUCCGACGCUGACUGGUUUCUGGCACGGUGAUGCCUCGGGUAACUGUCUUGGAGAGUCGGAUGUUGCAUCAACAUUUGGCGUGAAGUACGGUCAGCCAGCGGUGGGAGUCCCACGGACCAAGCUGAAUCUGAGAUUAAAGGAGAUGCUGCUUGAGAGGGGAAUUAAGGUAUGCGAGGGCUGGGAGCUGACUAAUAUUGAAGAGAAUGAUACCGGCGUGAAGGCAUUCUUCAGUAAUGGACAGUCCAUCGAGGGCUCAUUCCUCAUCGGCUGCGAUGGGAUAAAGGCAACAUCGCGAUGUGUAUUACUCGAGAAAUAUGGAGUGCAUGAGGGUCGUCCACACUUUACGGGAUUGACGCAGACAGCGGGGAUAUCUGCAACCCCUGCAAGCCUGGGCAAGCGCAGACACUAUGCGUGCAACUGGUAUGGAGAAGGCAUGCAUGUCAUCGCAUACCCGGUCUCAGCAACACAGACGUCCUGGGCUAUCACUUUACCAGCAGCGCAUGAAGAGCCAGAAACGUGGCGGCUAUCCAGCACGCAGGAACUCGAGGCUCGAAGGGGUAUGCUGCAGGAUCGACUGGAUGGGUUUGAGCCGGCAGUACGGGAUCUGAUCCAGACAGCAGAGAGGCUGAUGCAGUUUGGUCUCUAUGAUCGGGCUGAACUGGCUGCUGAGCACUGGCAUUCAUCGCGGUGUGUGCUUGUUGGGGAUGCGGCACAUCCCACGAGUCCUCAUCUGGGACAGGGGGCUAAUCAGGCAUUGGAGGACUGCUACCAUCUGUCCCAAUUGCUACCAGAGGUCCAGGACUAUGAAGACAAAGGGCUUCAAGAUAUAUUCCGCGCAUUUGCAGAGAAACGACAGCCACGGACCUCAACGUUGGUGAAAGAAGCACGGAUGAUUGGAGAGCAGCGGGUGGUGAUGGAGACAGAGAGAUGCAGACAGCGUGAUGCGAAAAUAGCUGCGAUCUGGAGUGACGCUGAAGCUGUUGCCGGGAAUUAUGAUCGAUUAUUGAAAGAGCCAUUCCCAUAG